AUGGACACGCAGAAACUAGCGCCGGCGGCAACGGACUCUGAAACGCGGCGCAAGCACUCGAAACUCGUCCAAGUGGUGCAGAACUUCUUCACCAAGACGCUGCUGGUCAUUGUGCAGGCGCGGUCCGUGCCUGAGGCGAAACCGCUGGCACAUGACGGCGUGGCCUCGGCUGAAAGCAGCGGCACCUCCAAAAUCAACAAGUGGUUCAACUUGCACAUGCCCAGCUUGGACAGCGAGUGGGCACGGCUGGAGCUCAAGCCCUGGAAGUCCCACGCGGACUUGUCGCAGUUUCCCCCCAUGAUUGUGGAGACUUUCUUGGACCUCCGGCAGCUCAGUGCGUGUGAGAUGGUAAUGUUGGAGGACGACCACGGCAGCUGCUGGCCCGUGGCCGAGGGCGGCUCCAAGAAGCUGGAGGUGGUUCUAGAGCGCUGGCUCAUCGAGUUUGACCGCAGCUCCUGCGGCCCCGACAGCGUCGUCGACAGCUCCGAGGAGCUCCCCCUCGUGUAUAAACAGGCCAUCGUGCUUCUCCGCGUGAUCUACGGCGUCGUCCGGCUCCUCCCGGCAUACAAGGCCAAGAAGCUCGUGGCAAAGCGGGCCAACAAGAAUUUGGCGUUGCGGAACCGCUUCGUCGAUGGGAAACAGCCGGUCAACUCCAAGGGCCGUGUGGGGCUCUCCAAGUCCAUUGUGCCCCACCAGAUGCUCACCACCGAGUCGCACAUGACGCAGCGGGAGUUUUCGCCCAUCCACACCAGUCUCGGCACGUUGCGCGUGUCCGUGGCAUACCGCAACCACCACAAGUUCAACGCGCAGGACCAAGAGGAGCGGUUGCUGAACCACUUCCUUCUUUCGGACCACGAGCGUGCACGGGGCUCUCAAAACCUGCGUGCGAGGGGCUCGGCUGAGAGCGGCUCGCAGACCGAGUCUGUGCAGCAGCUCAGGCGAAAGGAAAGCACUGACGAGGAGAGGGCCCCGGGCGCAACGCGCGUCCUGAGCCACGAAGCAGAUGCAAAGGCGCCCCGCGGCUCUUUCGGCCAGUUCCGCGAGAAGUACUCCGUGCUGCCGUGCACCUCCGAGCCUCAGGACAUUGGAAACACCUCUCCACGGACCACUGGGAAAAAACCGGGUCUGGCAACCAUACUCCCUCUGCCAGCCAAUGCCAGGCCAAGCAUCCAGCCUUUCAAGGUGGGCUCUAUUGGCAGCUCGUCCUCGCCGCCAUACGGCACCCUCGCUUCGGUUCAAACCAGUGGGAGAAGCUCCUCCAUGGAACGCCGCAUCUCCAUCACCAGCAACCGUUCAGGGUCCAAUGCGUCCUUGGUGGCCUUGCUCAGGAACCCGCGUGGAAGCACGUCGUCGUCUAACACGCCCAAUGUCAAUGUGGGCGUGGGCCCAAACCACCAGAACCACAAUCUUCUGUUGCCCCGGCCGAUUUCCUCCGCUGGUGGGCCACAUCAAGACACCAACCAAGAGUCAAAUCCCAACACCCCUCGCUUCUCCUCGUCCUUUGGGUCCCGUCAGAGUCGGCGAUUCAGCAACACUUCCGCUCGAAAUGCAGGGGGCUCCAACGCAGAGAGUAACGCGUACGUUGGUACUAGUGUGGGACUGGCUUCUUCAGGUGUGCCCUUCAGUGGGCUUUAUGCGGAUGAUGACAUCAGCUCUUUUGUUCAAAUGAUUGACGGGACAUCUGAACUUCGCUUGAGCAACAGCAAUCACGACUCGAAGCUGGCCACUCCAAACAAUGAUGGCAGCACACAUUUUGAGGCUUUAAACCGAUUUCAGUUGUUGAAAAGUCAAUACCAGCAUCUAAGUGAUAGCGUGAGUGCUAGCCUAGUACUCCAGCACAAUCAAUCCAGGUCGCCGCUGGACGAUAAACUCGUGGUCAGGAGAUCAUCGCAGUCCACCAGCUCACCGGCGCCGUCCUUGCCAGUUGGAUCCUACGAGAACUCACACUUACCGUCUAUUGUGUCAAGACUCAGCAAACUUGAUUCCCAGAGAUCACAGAGCUCCUCGGAAAAUAGACCUUCGAGUCGGGCUGAUCACACAAGCUCACAUGCGCCUCAUCUAGUGGCCCCACCACUGACUGUGACCACAAUCGCACAUGCAACACAUGCUCUUAGCCCAGGAUCCAAAGAGGCUGUUUCCGGGCCUGCCACAAGCCCCUCGGCCUACAAUCCUUCAAGAGAGGAUGUCAAGUACGAGAAUGUAUUUGAGGAAGAUGAUGAGGGGAUUGAUUACUUCGUCUCCCUGCGUGGCAAUAAACAUCAAUCCUCGCAAGACCAUGAUAUGAGCUUUGAUAACGACGACUUGCUCUUUGAAAUGACGGACACCAGGUAA